AUGGCGAAUUGUGCUGCUGGAGGCGCACGCGGCGCCAGCCAGGGUGGCGACCCCUGGACGUGCAACGCAUGUGCAGCUGGCUACAGCAACAUGGCGUGGCGCACGGUGUGCAGGCUCUGCCAGGCGGCGCGGCCGCCGAGAGGUGCUGGCACGAUCGGCGACGCCAUCGACAAGGCCAAGAAGGUCAAGGCCAAGGGGAAGGCGAAGGCCGUGGCGAAGCGGGUGCGGUUCGCCUCGGAUGGGCCUGGCCCGUCCGCCGCCGCGGCCACGCCGGCGCCGUGGGCGCAGUGCGCGGCCAAGCAGGCGGCCGUGGAGAAUCCCAGCAGCGGCCUCGGCAAGGACGAGGAGGACUUCGGGGCCCUGGUGCCCGAGGCCGACGUGCCGCCGCCUGCGGAGCCCUUGGCCGAGCUGUCUCUCCAGGCCUUCCUGGCCAGGGAGGCGAAGGUCAAGGGCCAGGUCGGCCGUGCCGAGGCCAUGCUGGCGGCGGCCAGGGAGGAGCAGGAGGCCGCCGCGGCGCGCGUGGCGGAGCAGGUGGGCGUCCUCCAGAAGCGCCGUCACCAGCUGGUGGAGGUGGCCGAGGCGGUUCGCGCCAGGAAGCGCGCCGACCUGGCGCAGCACACAGGCCCGUCGCCCAUGGAGGUGGGCGAGCCCGAGGAGACGGGCGACCUGGGCAAGGCGCUGCUCAAGAGCCUUGAGGGCCUCGAGGCGGAGCGGGAGCGGGUGUUGCAGCUCGGGGAGGACGGCGACGCCCUGCUCGCGAUGGCCGCGGAGGCCCGCGGCCUCGUGGAGAAGCUCGCUGCCGCCGACGCCCGCGCCCGCGAGGCAGCGGCGGCCGAGCGAGCCCGUGCGGCUGCUGCUGCCGCCGAGCGGGCCGCCGCCGCGCAGGAGGCCGGCCCCGCGGCCGCAGGCGAGGUGGAUGGCGCUGCUGGUCCUUCUGGAGACCGCAAGCGCGUUGGCGACCUCGGCCCGGGCCCAGAGCUCGACGGGCUCGAUGCCUUGUUCGACGAGGUCGGCAUGGAGGACGAGCAGCAGCGGGAGGCGGUGGACGUGGUGGAGCUGGUGUCGGCCAACGCCACCGCGUGGGGCUCCGCGCAAUCGCUGGUCGAGUGGCUGCACGACGGCGUGGGGCGGCUGCCCGAGGUGCUCUGCCUCCAGGAGCACCGCCUCAAGGGCAAGCAGGCGGUGGCCCGCGCUGCGGGCUGGAUGCAGGCGCGUGGCUUCUGCUGGCGCGGCCAGGCCGCGAUGGCGACGGGCCCUGGGCCGCUGGAGAGCUCGGGAGGUGUGGCUGUGGCCACGCUGCGGCCGUCUGCGGCAGUCGCGACGCCAGGGCUCCCAGCCCAUCGGUUCCAGGUGUGCGAGGUGAACCUGGGAUUCAGGGAGCCGUGCUGCAUCAUCUCGUCCUACUUCAUCACGAAGAUAGGCAGGGCGAAGGAGAACAUCGGGCUCAUGGCGGCGCUGCACGAGUACGUCGGGCAGCUGGAGUCGCCGUGGCUGGUGAUGGGUGACUGGAACAUGGAGCCCGAGGACGUCCGUGAGUGGGACCGCAGCGCGGGCGCAGCCCUUGUCGCCCCAGGGGAGCCGACCUGCGGCUCGAAGGUCUUCGACUUCGCUGUCGUCAGCAAGGUCCUCACGGGCUUCGUGGAGACGGUGGAGGUGCUGCUGCAGGCGCCGACGAAGGACCACGUGCCGCUGAAGGUGGUGCUCCGCGGCGUAGGGCCAGCGGCGAGGGUGCAGCGGCCGCUGUUCCCUGCCGCCUUCCCGCUGCCGCUUCCGCCGCCAGCGAGGCCAGCGCCGCGUGAGCGUGGGCUCUCUGCCUGGAGCCCAGGAGGUGAGCAGCCGCUCAAGGUCGGCUGCCAGGAAUGGUUUGAGGCGGUGGAGGCCUACCUGAUCGACCUCCACGAGAUCGCGCCGCCCAGCCGUUGGAAAGGACGGGCUGACGGGCUGCGCACGCAGAAAGUCAUGAUGGAGGCGGCCUGUAAGCAGGACCUCAAGAGGAGUGUUGGCGCGGCGUGCAGACGCUGGAUGUCGUUUGCGGCGGCGUGCUCCCGCUGGCGUGCGCUGCAGGAGGCGGCGCCAGGAGGUCGCUGCGCGGCGCCGCUGCGCAAGCAGCGUCAGGUGCUGGAGGCGUUCGAGCUCGAGCGGCCUGAUGACGGCCCGCUCGCAGGGCUGUCGGUCGCCCGCGUUGUCGGCCUGCUCAGCACCUCACCGUGCAAGCUGACGGUGCAGUUCGUCCAGGAGGAGGCGAGGCGGCGCUGGAUGCAGGACAAGCAGCGGCGGGCUGCUGAGUGGCGCGCCUGGGCCCAGGCUGCUGCCACCGAGAGGGGCGGCUCGGCGGCCUACCGCUUCAUCAAGCAGGUCGCGGUGCUGCCCACGGUGGUGCACGCGGGCGCAGAUGGCGACGAUGGCCCGCGCAUGCCCGUAGCAGGCGAGGCCGCGGUGGCUGCGCUGCUGAAGGCGUGGCAGCCCAUCUGGAUCAAGCCGUCGCGCGCUGGCGAGGUGGCGCCCGAGGACUGGGACAUCCAGGAGUCGGUGCUGCCGCCGCUGGAGCUCGAGGAUCUGGAGCGGGUCCUGGGCACCUACCGCGAGGG